AUGCAGGCGUCCGCUGAGUCUGGGGGGACCGACAACACUCUAACAGGCGCUGUUCCUGCCACUGCGCAAAAGGGCAAACUGCCUAUCCCCCGGCUUGUUACUCCCUCCCCCAAAGCCAAUCAGCAGCGCACUGCGCGUGCGUGCGUUGCCUGUCGUGCCAGGAAGACUAAGUGUGACGGUCGGAAGCCCGUGUGUAGGCAAUGUAGUCGUCUUGAUCUCGACUGUAACUAUGCCGGGUCAAAACGUGAACGCCAGCAGCUGGAGCUGAAUUCGGUUCGGUCUCGAGUGACCGCAUAUGAGUCGCUGCUCCGUGAGAUUAUCUCUGAAAGCAACCGCAGAGAUAUCAGACCCAUUGAAGAAAUCAUCAGUAAACACCUCCAAGGGAAUUCCGAAGCAUUCUCCACGUUGAUGACCGCCCGAUCGCUAUCAGAUCAACAUCUGCCUUCGCCGCCCCCGGGGAUCUCAUUGGCCCGCAUGCACCUCGCUCUCGCCUCCAACCGUGCCAGCUCGACUCAACCGUUACAGGAUUGUCCCCCUAUACAAACCAGCAACAUCGGACAUUGGACGGACCUGGUCGACAACACCACUGCCAGCCAUCUUUUAUCUCUCUAUUUUAUCUGGGACAAUCCAACGUGGCACCUCAUCGACCAGGAGAUGUUUCUGCGCGAUCUGGAGCGCGGUCAUACGAGGUUUUGCUCCUCUCUUCUGGUCCACGCGCUCUUAUUCUUCGGCUGUAGUUUCUCUUACCAUCUGGCGCGCUUCACAGAUCGACAGGAAGAGAAGGUCCUGGGCCAGAAAUUAUAUUCGGCCCUGCAACGUCUUUGGAAUCUCGAGAAGGAUAUCACUUGUUUGCCAACCGCACAGUCAAGUAUUAUGAUUGGCUUAUUGUGUUGUACAUUUGGGCUUGACCGCAUGGGCACACGAUACAUCAUGCAUGGUGCUACGUUGAGCCGUCGGCUUGGACUGCAUCACGAGCAUCCUUCGUUCUUUCGGAGCGAUGGCGAUGAGGAAGCCGAGUCGGCUUCCAGGUGUCACAAACUAGUCGCAUGGGCCGUGUUUGACGUUCAAGCGUUGGCCGCGCAGGUGUACCGAAAGGAAUCAGCCUGGAAGGAGCCACCGUCCGUCAGUUUCUCGCAAACUGAAGCUGCAGCUCUCGACGAGGGGGAUGAAUGGAGUCCAUACCCUUUCCUUACCCCGAUCUUUAGACCCUGUGUGCACACGGCUGCGAGGGCCCGAGGUGGUUUGGUGAUCAUUGUCAAUGAGAUUGCCGCGUUUGCGCUAAAGUUUCCAGACUCUUCACUGGAUCACAACGAUUGGGCGUAUGGCUCUCAGCUCUAUAGGAAGCUUCUAAACUGGCGGGCCAGUUUACCUUCUAUCAUUACACCUGAUGAGAAUACAUCGCCACACAUCCUCAUCUUACAUAUGUAUUAUCAAGCGACGAUUGUUUCCCUGUGCGAGAUCUUUAAUCUAUACUCUAAUUCAACAACUCUUCCAUCCAGUGCCGACUUUGACACCCAGGGUGUUAAGUUGCAAGCCAUGGGUGCCAUCGGCUCCCUCAUCCUUUUGUUUCAAACAUGCCAUGGGUUCAAGUCGUUGCCGAUUGUCAUGCUUCACUACUUCUGUGCGGCCGGGGUACAUUCCAUUUCUCAAUUGCGCCCCCAGGACCCUAAAUGGAGUCUUGUUCUAGAAAGUUGCGUGGUUGGUCUCUGGCACAUGAGCCUCGGCUGGGGUCGGCUGUGCACUGCGUUCCUCCGGACUAUAGAGUUGGUCCUCAAGGCCACGAAACCUGAGCCAUACCUUGUCUCACCCAAGGUUAAGGCUGUUAUGCAACAGCUAAACACCAAUCGUUGGACCGCGACAGACGUGAAGUCUCUGUCGGCCGACUAUGUCGUGUAUCAUGUUCCAAAUUCUCAGGAAGAGUGCACUGCUGCGGGGUCUCGGCACAUGGCUCACGGGCUGCAGAAUCUGAUACAUGCUAUGGAUGAGCACUCACUCGAUGAUGGUUGA